GUAUUCACUUCUAGACAGACUAUCUGAUCAUAUGAAUGAUUACUUUGCUCUUGACAUUCAUAAUCUUGUUCAGUUCGUUUUUAGAGAUUGUAAUAUUUUAUUCAUCUCGAAAAUCGAUUUUCUAAGAAGAAGAGAUGAACAAGAUCGCGCUAAUCGGAUCGAUCGUGAUCAUCACUUUUGCCACUGUUUUUGCGCGUGAUGUGCCCGAUUUCAUUCACGUAUGUAAGAAGAACGAUCCGAAUUUGAGCAAAUGCAUAACGGACAGCGUGAAUCAUCUUAAACCUUACUUAAAUACAGGAUUACCUGAAUACAAUAUACCCGCCUUGGAACCAUUUUUGUUGAAGGAAUUGAUAACCACGACUGGAGAUAACAUUAAAUUGAAGCUGAGAGACAUCAAUGUAUAUGGAGCAAGUAAUUUCACGAUAACGAAGUUGAAAAGCAACAUAGAAACUUUAAAUUUCUUGGUCGAUUUGGAUUUUUCAAAGCUCAUCAUAAAAGGAGAAUACGACGUGGAUGGACGAAUACUCUUGCUACGAAUUCAUGGAAGUGGAUCUUUAAAUGGACAGUUCAACGAUUGCAAGGCAUUUGUGAAAUUGCAAAUGGAGAUGAUAAAGGGAAAAGAUGACCAGAAUUAUUUAAAACUGGCCGAUCUUCAAACCAAGAUCUUCGUUGGAUCUGGCUCUAACUUGAAGUUGGAUAAUCUUUUCGGUGGUGAUCCAGUUCUUGGAGAUGCUAUCAACGUUGCCAUCAAUAGUAAUUUCGAAUCUUUUCUAAAAGAAAUAAUACCUCUCAUCGAGAUCGCCAUCUCGAAUACAUUCACAGAUAUUUCGAACAGUAUUUUGAAGCAGUUCCCUUAUGAGAAGCUUUUCCCAGAAUCAUAGAUAUUUCUAACGUGGAUCAAAAUCUUUUUGAACGAUUGAAUUGUAUUAUUAAUAUCAUUAAUGAAAUUUCAUGAAAUAAUAAUUUUUUUUUCUAUGAUGAUAAAACAAAUUUGGUAGAUAUGUGAAACUGAUGAAAUCUUACGAGUAAAUUUAAAAAAUUUUUAAAUCUUUCUAUUAUUUUUAUUAUGAAAUUAAUAUUGUAUCAAGUUUUGAAACAUUAAUGAUGAUUUUUUUAUGAAUUUGGAUUAAUGGAAAUAAUACUAGGAUUCCAAAAAUCAUUUUGUGAAAAUAUCUUGUGGUUCACAAUUGAGAUUUGGAAUAAUUAGGAAUUCGAUUGAUAUGUCUCGAGUAAUUUUGCAAAAUUUUGUAAAAUAAACAAAUUGUAAUUCAGUUAUUUCAUUAAUGUAAUUAAUUAGAUAAUAAUGUUUUGUUAACUGGUUAUUAUUUUCAUCAGAUAUAAAAUAUUUUUAACAAACAUUUAUUUUAUAAUCUUGUUACAAAUAUUCAUAUGUUAUGCAAUAGAGAAGAACAAUACUUAAGAUUUUCUAGAAAUAUUGUAUUUAAAUAUUUCUUUAUAUUGAUUUAAUAGCUGUUUAACAAAGCAUUAUAUAUUAUAUUAUUGUACAAAAGGAUUUAGAUCUGAAUUUUAUUGUAUGUUAAAAAAUGAUAAUUCGUUUCAAUGUAUGUUCAAUUUGCACUUUGAAAAUAAGAAUUGUCAGUUUUUUUUCUUUUUUUUUUGCGAUUCAAGUACAAAAAAUAAGUAUUACUGUUCUUCAAUGGUUCUUCAUUCUUCUGACAAUUUGAUUCUUGGACAAUUUGAUUAUUAAUUAAUUAUGCGUUAUAGUGUAAUGUACACGAGGUUAAAAUAUGCCAAAUAAACAAAUUAAAAAUUACAA